AUUCAGGUGCACUCAAACUCCUCAUCUUUUUUAGCGGAUUUUUUAAGCUGGGUCGAUCUCAAUUUUGACUGUAGUUGCUUUAUCUUGAUCUGUACGGGUUUAUUCGGUGGAUUUUCGAGAGAGAUCAGUUUUUUUAAUUUCUGGGUUCCAUCCAAAUGGUCUGUUUUCGUAGUUCAAUUUCGGUUGAUAAACGGCUAGUCAUGUCUAAGUUCGUGAAUUCAACCGAACUAAGUUCCAGAUAUAGGAGCAAUAGAAAGGGACCCAAUUCUCCAAAUCACUUGAGUAUUCCAGAUUGCCAACAAUCUCGAUCGGCCGCCGUCGAUGUGGUAAUAUGUGUUGCAGUCAUUGGUGCUUUGGGGUUUUUACUAUCUCCUUAUGUAACCCCUUUAGCUGUCAGUAUAAUCAAGAUUGGUACAGAAGGGGUUUAUGCAGUGGAAGAAGGGGUUUAUGUGAUUGGGGAGGAGAUUUUACAGGCUCCAAUGGUUUAUGGGUUUUUAGGACUCGGCAUUUUAUGUGCAGUGAUUGCUGUAUUGGCAAUUAUUGAGUGUACAAUUAGGAAAUGCGGAAAGCCUGGGUGUCGCGGGCUGCGAAAGGGGGCUGAGUUCGAUAUCCAACUUGAGACGGAGGAGUGUGUGAAGAAUUCGAGUGUUUGUUUGACAAAAGAUGGUGUGAAGAAAGGGUUAUUUGAAUUGCCCAGAGAUCACCAUAGGGAAUUGGAAGCUGAGCUUAAGAAGAUGGCACCACCUAAUGGAAGAGCUGUUCUUGAUUUUAAAGCAAGGUGCGGGUGUUCUGUUGGCAGAAUGGAGGUUCUGGGACCAAAGAAGCCUCGAAAGGUUAAGAAGUAUUGUGUGUCUUAAUUUUAUAGGAAGAUCUUUCGGCAUACGUUUUAGUGUAUUGUGUUUAAAUAAGCUCAUGGCAAUAAGCUGCAAGGAUACUUGUAGAGUUGGCUAUAGUAAGUAUAAAAAUCCUUCAUUUUGUUAGCAACACAUUUUCAUGGUAUUUGCUUCUUCCUGUUCCAGAUGCUGAUUAGUACUAUGAAAAUUAUUCAUGUAAUAGCAAUGCUACAGUUACGUAACUUUCGGGAUAUCAAAAAUCUCAUCUGGGUUAAAACA